AAAGAGAUACAGAGAUGGAGAAGGGGGAGUCCAAUAGAAGAGGACAGAAGCCCAUGGAAGAAAGAAAAGGGAGGACAAUCAGAGGGAGGUGAUGGGCAGGCAAGAAGAUACUGUGAAAGGGGGAAAAGUACAAACAAUUGUAGAUGGGGAAUGGUGAAGGGGGGAGCAUGGCAUUACCAGAAGUUCGAGAAAUCAAUAUGCAUGCCACCAGGUUGGAGGCUACCCAGACAGAAUAUAAGAUGUUGUUCCUCCAACCUGAGUGUGGAAUCAUCACGACAGUGGAGGAGGCCAUGGCUAGACAUAUCAGAAUGGGAAUGGGAAGUGGAAUUAAAAUCCACAAACCCGCUUGUCAGGUAGACCCAUUGUUUCAGCUUGUUCCUGCCCCACUGAACUUAUAUCUACAUACCUCGACUCUUGUUUUAUUCCCCCUAGUUCAGUUGUUUCUUACCUACAUCCAUGAUACUUCACAUGCUCUGGAUCUUUUCAAUGAUUUCAGGUUCCCUGGUUCCCAUCAUCUUAUUUUUAUGAUGGAUGUCAAUUCGCUAUACACCUCCAUCCCCCACCAGGAAGGUCUAAAAGCUCUCCGUUUCUUUCUGGACAUUAGACCCAACGAGUUCCCCUCCACCACCACUCUCCUCUGCCUAGCGGAACUUGUCCUCACUCUAAAUAAUUUCUCCUUUGGCUCCUCCCACUUCCUUCAAGCAAAAGGUGUGGCCAAGGCAUUCACAUGGGUCCCAGCUAUGCCUACCUGUUUAUUGGCUACGGGGAACAGUUUAUGUUCCAAGCCUAUACUGGUGAACGUCCUGCACUUCUCCUACGCUACAUCAACGACUGCAUUGGUGUUGCUUCCUGCACCCGGCGACUUCAUUUACUUUGCCUCCAACUUUCACCAUGCCCUCAAAUUUACCUGGUCCAUUUCUGACACCUGCCUCCCCUUUCAUGAUCUCAGUGAAACAAUACAUCUAAUAACUCAAUACAAAAUUAAGAAAUGCAUCAAGAAAAUAUAGAUGAAUUAGCAAAAGAGGUGGAUAGUAAAAUAUUUUAGUGAUCAGAUAAAAAAGGAAGUUGAGAAAAAGGCUCAAUAUAAAAAUGGAAUCUAGUGAAUAAUUUACAAGAUGCUAAUAUUCAUCUGAGUUUCUUGAACCUAAACAAUGGUGUGUAUUUUGAGUAAUCAGCCAAGAUAUUUCAACAUUUAUCCAAUAAAUGCAAUAAAAUAAUUUAGUUCAGUAUGGGAGCCAUGCCACAUGGUCCACAGUGAUUUAAAGAGAUUCUCACCAGGUACAAUAGAUAUAGGCAGCAAACAUUGCAAUAUUCCCUCUAAUUUGUACUGACCAGUGUGCACAAAAAUCUUGAGCUGUACAAUUUUUGCCCAGUGGCAAUAACAUGUGUGCAGUGAAUAAUUUCUUCAAUAAAAAUAGUAUAAAUAAGCUAGUUCGAAAAUCUAUAGACAAAGAAUCGCAAACUCCAUGUUGUCAACAUUGCAUCGGAAACCGGAAAAGGAAAUAUGAUUAUGUAUGUUCGUGAAAUAUACUUUACAUACCAAUGAGGUAGAGGGUGACAACCUUUUGCACGCAUUUUAAACUCCUUUGUGUGCUAGUAGCAAAAGAUGUGUGCUCAUGCAGACCUCGGGGAACAUUGAACAUUGACCUCACCAUUGACACAUACUGUACGUAUCAUGAAUGAAUAAGUGGUACAAAUUCUAACUCAAAGCAUGAUGGAAUAAGAAACCUAAGCAUUCUUCACUCAAGUUGUAUCACUCACUGUUGCCACUUUCAUAUUAUAUUUGUACAACCGAGAUGUUGGUUGAAAAGUACUGUAUCAUCGAAAUGUUGCAAUUCACAAGUGCGUUUGUGUGUGUGUGUGUGUGUUGGGAGGGUGGUGUGAUAUUAUAAAAUGUUGCCUUCUGGAAUUCAUCCCAGCAUAUUCAUUUAUUGUGCAGCCAAACAUCUUUGCAUUAGAUCUCAGAACAGAGCAACAAGAAGACUGGUGCCUCAUGUUCAAUAAAGCUGCCUUUAGUUGAGAUGCUUGCAGUGACAAUGUUCAUUUGCAGGCUUGUUUCAUGUAGACCUGCAGAAACCUUCGGAAAGAAACAGAAAUACUCAGCAGGCACAACUGGUGAUCCAAGUCUACAUGAAGAACCAAUGAGAUGGUAUCCACCGUAGCCCUUUUGUGACGACAGGCAAACUGCAGGAGAUCCAGAUAUGAACAAAUGGAUUUUCAUCUUCCUCUUAUUGAGUACUUGCCUCCGUCGCACAACUUUAUGAAACUGUUUCGUUCUGCCUGAAGGAAUGUUAAGUGAAGGCUUCAUCUGUGGAAUUCCGUACUGGAAUGAAUACCAAAGGGAAUGUAGGACUGAGAAGAGACAACAAAACCCAUUAAAUGAUGACAUGGUGCAUGAGUUGACCUCAGUCAAUAACUUUCGGCGUGGCUCUCACUCUGAUUCAGCAAAUCCGGCUCUGUCACUUCUCGGAAGGUGCAAGUCUUUUGGCAGGUCAUUCAGAUCGAGCGGACAGGAAAAGAAAAUGACACCACUGGUACAGGUCUCAAAGGUGACUCCUAUUGCCAGGCAGAGAUCCCUGGUGGUAGAUAUUCCAGGAAGUUCUGGUGUGAGCAAGGAAACGUACUUUGUUCCCUCGUGCUGCAAAAGUAUUUGUGACAAUUACAAUGACCUACAGAUUGCUGGAGAUCAUGUGUUGCCAAUUGAUUCUGAAACAUCUGGCCUGACUUCCCAAAGCAGCCAUGAAGCAAACAUGGGUCCAUUCUUGUAUUCACUGGAAAUCCCAUCACCAGAGUCUCCAAAAUUGUCAGAAUAUCCAAACAAGCCACUCAAUAGUGACUCAUCUUGUUGGCGCAAUAGCAGUGGUAAAGACAAAAGCAUCAUCCAGCACUCUCAACCACUCACCAACUCUGUUCUCAAUGAUUAUCUUGAGCAGAAAGUUCUAGAAGUCUACAAGCAGUACAUGGUGGACAAUAUGGUGAAUAAUCCAUCGCCAACAAAAAUAAUGGAAUCAGAACUUAUAAUGAAUAAUGUUGACCAAAUCAGCAUGCAGAUAUCAAGAGAACGGAAUAUGGAAACUAUGAAAGCUAAGGACAUUGUUAUCAGCUGUUUGUUGCGACUUGCAAGUGAAAUACAAUCAAAUGAGCUCAGUACUCCAAUUUUACAGAUAUCUUCAUGAAUGUAAACUAGAUUUAAACAUAACUGAGGAUCUCAGCCUUAUUGAUGUGAGUUCUUGAUGAUAUGGUUAAGCUUAGGCAAGAUUGCCACCUGUAUCUUGUUAUAACAGUCUUCUGGAUCACUACAUCAAGCCAAGAAUCAAAGCCCUUCAGCAUUAGCAACCAUCCUCUAAUGGCCUGAACAAAAACCUAGUCAUCAGACUACACCCCUUUCUUCAAUCAGUAAUCAUUCUCUCCAGGAAGAGAAAGAUCCGGACUGCUCAUCUAAAAUCCUGAUGCGGAGUUUUGACCCGAAAUGUCAACUAUCCCUCUGACUCCACAGUUACUGCCUCAAUGACGGAGUUCCUCUUGUCGUUUUUAUUUU